GGGAGUGUGGCGAAAGUGCGGCUGCGGAAGCGCAGCGAGACCCGGGAGGAGGAAGCGAGCGCCGCUACCCGGCUGCGGGGCUCCUGGCACCAUGGGCCGGCUACAUUGCACGCAGGACCCGGUGCCCGAGGCCGUGCGUGGCGACAUGCAGCAGCUGAACCAGCUGGGCGCGCAGCAGUUCUCGGCCCUGACAGAAGUGCUUUUCCAUUUCCUAACUGAGCCCAAAGAGGUGGAGCGCUUUCUGGCUCAGCUCUCUGAAUUCGCCACCACCAAUCAGAUCAGCCUUGGCCCCCUCAAAAGCAUCAUGAAAAGUCUCCUUCUGGUUCCAAAUGGUGCAUUGAAGAAGGGCCUCACUGCCGAGCAGGUGCGCACUGAUCUCCUGACGCUAGGUCUCAGUGAGGAGAAAGCCACUUACUUUUCUGAAAAGUGGAAGCAGAAUGCUCCGACUCUCGCACAGUGGGCCAUUGGUCAGACCCUGAUGAUCAACCAGCUGAUUGAUAUGGAGUGGAGGUUUGGAGUGACGUCUGGAAGCAGUGAAUUAGAGAAAGUGGGAAGCAUAUUUUUACAGUUAAAGCUGGUGGUUAAGAAAGGAAAACAAACUGAAAAUUUGUACAUAGAAUUAACCUUGCCUCAGUUCUACAGCUUCCUGCACGAGAUGGAGAGAGUCAGAGCGAGCAUGGAGUGCCUCAGCUGAUCCUGUUUCCCCGAUGGCUACUCCAGGGUCCCAACUGCCUUGGGAGGCCAGAUGCAAAGAGUUUCUAAAACCAAGAGUCUCAGUGCUUGAGGAGUCCUGCCCGAUUCUUCUGUAAGCCCAUCGGGAGCCACCACCUCCAGCUCCUGGGUGACUUUGCACCUAGAUGCCCUGACAGCUUCUGCAUCUGGGACUGUUUUCUUUCUUUUGGGAGGUGGGUAUUGUCGCCUCCCAUUCAACAGUAAACAAGCAGUUCCUUCAUUCAGAUGGUUGAGCUCUUGUUUGUGGCUGAGGAAGAGGCAGGUGGUGUGUAAGGUGUGUCAGGGGAGGUCCCAACUGUGUCAUACUGUUUGGAGGGGAAGGGCGUUGCCAGCCACAGUUUGCAAGUCUCUGUGUAAAAGCUGUGCUCAGUCUUCUCUGAGCUAAGGGCAGACUAUUUCUAGUUUUGUCUCUUUGUUUUUUUUGUGUUAUAAGGAGGAAGUCUUUUGAUGACAUCUUAGAUUGUUUUGGUUCUAGAAGAUGAACCACUUUUUGGUUAAGUGGUAAAUUAAAAGAAAAACAGUUUCUAAAGAAAA